AUGAACCAAAGCCGGCAAGCCAAGAACCUGAUCGUUCUUAUCGCCAUGGAAGCAAGGGCUCCCAACAACGAGAAGUUGCGGAGCCAGAUUGAAAGUCUCAUGACGAACGUCAGGGAGAUCAGGUUUUACGAGCAUCCCGCAGGCAUCCCUGGUGACCUGCCUGGAGCUGCAAGCAACUGCAGCUACGCCAUGGGCGAAUUCCGACAGGAGCUUUUCUCUGACUGUGUGAACUUCGCAGAUUGGGGCUUCGUGAAAUUGGAUGCACAGGUCAUUCCUCAUCCUCGGUUCUUCUGCGCAUUGGCGCAGGAGUUGGAUGCUUGGAAACAUCAUCGCAGAGCGGUGACAUGGACGCCACCUGUCGUGCACGCCAUCCAUUCCAAUGCGGCAUAUGGCAUCGGCUCAGCAUAUGCUCUCAUGAUUGAGACCGAGACCAUGGGUAGCUUGUACUGGCUGAACUUCUACCCCUUUGGGCAGUAUGGGAUGCCGUUGGAACAGUACUUCCGUGCAGGGACUCACCACCCUUCCUACGUACCGGAAGAUGAGCUAACGAUGGACCAGUGCAAGUGGACAAAUCAAUAUGUUCCCCUCGAGUCUUUGUGGGUGCCAGUUAUCAAAGCUCCGCCCAUGGGCAACAGCUUCUGGGAGGCCUUUGAGGAGACUGUAGUGCAGCAGCGCCGAUUCUUUGGUGGAUCCCUUUGGGCGCUUCCGUUGAGGGCCUUCUAUGCACCGGGAUCCAUGCUGUGGAAAGCUCUCGAUUUGGCAGUUGCGCUGGUGAUUCGAGUGUAUCCCCAGCUGGGGUUCCUACCUGCAGGGAUCAUCGCCUACAGCUUGCAGGUCGCAGGGAUCAUUGAGAUGCCAUCAAGCUCGGCCCUCGUGGAAUCAUUUCUUCCACUAGUACUGCAGGUUGCAUUGGUAUGCGUGCUGCUCCCCAUGUUGCAGAAUAUGAUUAUCACAACAAUGCAUGCGGGAGAAGUGUUUUCCAUCCACUCGAUUGUCUUUCGGGCGGUGGCAGGUUGUGUGCAAAACGCUCUCAUCACACCAGCAAUGUGGCUCUUGACGUGCCAAAUCAUGAUACAAGGACGCCAUGCUCAGAGCUAUCGACCUCGAAAGAAGUUUGCACAGGUCACCAGCGGCAAAGAUGGAACUACCAAGGCGGCACAACCUCGCACAUCCACGGGUGGUGAGAUUUCGGAAGAUGACCAGCGGUUGCCACUCCACAUGAACAUUAUCUAG